GCGGCGGCACCGGCACCGGCCAGCGGGGCUAGGGGGGGCGGCUGAGGCCGGGCCGCGCCCGCGCUCCCCGUUGGCCCACAGCGCGCCGCGGCCUGGUCCGCACGUGGGGCCUGGUCCCGCCGAACGCGCCCGGGCCCGGAGGGUCCGCGCCCCCGGCGGGGUCCGGCGCCGCGGCCUCUGCCCGCCAUGGCGCCGCCGCCCGCCGAGCCGCAGCCGGAGGCGGUGCCCGAGCCGGCGGUGGAGCAGUGGCGGCAGUACAACGAGACCGAGCGGCAAUGGGCGCUGCGCCGCCGCUUCAUCCUCCGACACCUGCCCGCCUACCCCGGCGCCGCCAUCGACAAGCUGCUCGCUCUCUCCGUGCUCUGGACCAACCACGUCUUCAUGGGCUGCAGAUACGGCGUGCAGGUCAUGGAGAAGGUUCUCAAGAUGGCCGAAGGCAUCGACAUCGGCGAGACGAGGAGCUACGAGUUGGUUCCCAGCAGGAAGCUCAAGAGACACCGCUCUCCAUCAGACAGUCCAGAGCCAGAGAAGAUUCCUGAGCCGCCCAAAAAGGUGGUCCCCAAGUUCCGAGUGCGACCACGUUUUGAACCCAUACACUUUGUCACCAGUGCUGAGAAGGAUGGCAAGAAGGACAGUUCUCUGGAUAACCAAACGCAGGAGGUGAACCAGGAGGCAAAUACAAACAGCAUGGCACAGCCAGCUGAAAACUGUACAAAUUCUUUUGCGAAUGCACGGGACGUGGAUCCCCAGCUCUCCAGCACAGCUGGGUUAGGCUUUACAGGCCCAGCAGCAGCAGCAGCACCAACAGCCAAGAGGGCUGUGAAUAGUGUGGACUCUAACACAAGCAGCUCAUUGCAGGUUUCUGUUUCCCCUUCAACUGCCCCGUCUGCAUCAGAGACUUUCCCUCCGUCAGCAAUAAUGCUGAAGCAGAGCUUUAUGGAGAAACUGUCAGCAGCUGUCUGGAAAAAUCUCGCCAACCCAGAUGCAAACACUGGGACUGAUAAAAUUAACUUCACGUAUCUUUUGACACGUUCGAUUCAGGCAUGCAAGACAAAUCCUGAAUAUAUUUAUGUUCCUCUGAAAGAGAUCGCCCCUGCUGACCUCCCCAAGAGCAAGAAGCUCCUGACAGAUGGCUUUGCCUGUGAAGUGCGAUGUCAGAAUGUCUACCUGGCCACUGGCUACGCCGGCAGCAAGAACGGGUCCCGGGAUCGAGCCGCGGAGCAGGCGGUGAAGCUGCUGAAGAAGUCCGUGGAAGUUCGAGUUGUCCAGCGGAAGUUCAAGCACACCUACCACGAGGACCUGGUGGUGUGCGAGGCGGGCGUGUGUCGCACGGAUUUCCCUCCUGCUCUCAAGCCUCACGAGGAGUUUGUAGUUGCCAACAGGGACUGUGUCCCACUGCAGCCUGGUGCUGAAGCCGUGAAAGGUUCUGCCAAUACCAACAAACACUGGACUAGUUUUGUCCUCACGGAGAACGCCAGUGACGCAAUAGGAAUACUGAACAAUUCUGCCUCAUACAACAAAAUGUCUGUUGAAUAUAAGUACGAAUUGAUGCCCAACCGCUCGUGGCGGUGUCAGGUGUAUCUCCAAGAUCACUGCCUGGCCGAGGGGUUUGGCACGAAAAAGACCAGCAAGCACGCAGCAGCUGAGGAGGCCCUGAAAAUCUUGCAGAAGAUGCAGUCAAAUAUAGCAUCCCUCAAAGUGACCCAGGUGCAGAAAGUGGGCUGCUCGUCGCGGGGCUCCGGGAGGAAGAAGGACCUGAAGGACCUGGUGAUCUAUGAGAACUCCAGCAAUCCCGUGUGUACGCUGAACGACACCGCCCAGUUCAACAAGAUGACGGUGGAGUACGUGUUUGAGAGGAUGACAGGCAUGCGAUGGAAGUGCAAGGUGAUGCUUGAGGAUGAAUUCAUCGCAGAAGCAGUUGGAGUGAAGAAAUCUGUCAAGCAUGAGGCAGCAGAGGAAGCUGUGAAAAUCCUCAAAAAGACUCAGCCAACUGUUGUUAAUAACCUGAAGAAAGGCACCGUCGAAGACGUCAUCUCCAGAAAUGAGAUCCGGGGUCGAUCAGCAGAAGAGGCUUUCAAACAGAAGAUCAAAGAAGACAACAUUGGGAACCAAAUUUUAAGAAAGAUGGGCUGGACAGGCGGUGGCCUAGGGAAAGAUGGUGAAGGAAUUAGAGAGCCUAUUUCAGUGAAAGAGCAGUUUAAAAGGGAAGGACUUGGGCUUGAUGUAGAAAGGGUGAACAGAAUUGCUAAAAGAGAUAUUGAAGAGAUCAUUCGAAACUAUGCACGCUCAGACAGUCACAUUGACUUGACUUUCUCUAGAGAACUGACCAUGGAUGAGCGGAAGCAGAUACAUCAGAUAGCCCAAAAAUAUGGUCUUAAAAGUAAAUCCCACGGGCAGGGACACAACAGAUACUUGGUGGUGAGCAGGAAGCGGCGCAAGGAAGAUCUGUUAGACCAGCUGAAGCAGGAAGGCCAGGUUGGGCAUUAUGAGCUUAUCAUGCCCCAAGCAAACUGAGGUGAGGUGUCCCCUUAGACCAGAGACUGAGCUUCCUGGACACUCAACUAAAGAAAGAGAUGCUGCAUUUUUCUUGUGGGUAAUAAUAUCAUCUUUUACUUUGGCAAUAUAAUUUCUAAAAUGUUGUUAGGCGUUUAGAACCGACCGAGUUCUGUUCCAGUACAUUAGCACAACCCAAAAGCAGUAGUGCAGUUACUGUAUGUGUCUUUGAUAUUACUUGUUCCUUCACAUUUUAAUAGUUUUGUAAUAGCAAACACACAUGUCCAAUGAGAAGGAAUUUGACAUCAUUUAAAAUCAUAGGUCCAUUAUUCUUUUUGAACAAGGAAGGAAAAAAAAAAGCCUUUUUUUUUUUUUAAUAAUUAAACAAAGGAAAUGCAGUCUGGGGGCAUAAACCUGUAUGUAAAAUUGAUAUUAAUGACAAUAAAGUUUUAUUUCUGGAAAAAAAAGGAUUUGUCACACUUUGUAUAAAAAAAGUGUGAAAACUCUGUUUAUUCUUGAGAAAUACAUGUAUUGAGGUCUUGUCUCUGCCACGUGUGUAUGUACAGUAUGUAAACCUUAACCAGCGGUACAGUUUUAUUCAUAGAUUUCUACCCCGAGUCUCCCAUUCUGAGAAUCACCGAAGGCACCUUCGUGGCCAGCGUAUUGGACUGAGAGAAUUCCAGCGCCUUUCUACCUUGGAGAACUGCUUGACAUGUGCAAAUGCCAUGGUGAAGUGUGAAAUGUAAAAACUGGAGGUAAAUGCAGAGCCCACGCUCAAAGAUGCUCAUGUAGCUUGUGGGGACUGUUAUAUAACUUAUUUUUUUACUUUGAAUAUCAGCUCUUUAAUCCUGAGCAAAAACAAAUCUGUGCCUGAUUAUUUCUCUGCUCCAUCCCUGCACCUGUGCUUGUGCCUGUCGAGGGCGAUUCACCAGUGACCUUGUGGCCUUGCUCUGACCCCUGUGUGAGUGUGGCAGCUCUCCAGGAGGCUGGAACGCUUCUCUCCGUGCCAGGGAAGCAGGCUGACCUCUGGCUGUGCUGCUCCGCCAGCAGCACCACAGGACACGGUGCUCUGUGAGCCUUGGAGAACAUUCACUUCAUGCUUGGGGAGCAUAAAGGUUAGGAACUGGCCUUGGAAGAGCCCAGAGUCAGGCGUGCUGGUUUUUCUGUCAGCAGUGGUUCUGUACUGCUGUCAGUCCUCAUGCAGUGUUUUUGUUUGUUCUCCUGUUAUUGUGUCUCAGCUCUUGCCUUUGGUUUUCUGCUGUCUGUAUUUGCCACGCCAUCCUCUACCUUUUUUCCUCACCUCCUGUUCUGUUUUUAAAUACUCCCAGUGCUUUUUUAAAUACUCCUCUUAUCGCUGAGGCAGGAGCUCCUGGUGAUGUGUAGUUAGAGGCAUUUUCAUCCCUGCAGGAUGCCCUGGCAGGUGAGACUCGCUCAGGAAGCGGAGUGAGCAUCCCCUCCUCUCCCUGCCUGGCUGCAGCACAGCUUCUGCCAGCUUGGACUGCUGAAGUAACAACUUGCUGCUGCUCUUGCUGUAGGAAAAUAACGUGGCAGUUAAUUCUGAAAGUAGAUUGUUUUUUUCAUUUUGUUUGGGUUUUUUUGUGCAUUAUUCCUUUUCUCUGGUUCUGAAUUCUGCUGUCAAGAAUGCUGGGCUCUAGCAGAUGGUGCUGUAGGAGUGGAAGAAGCCUGGUACUUUCUAGGGAGAUAUUCCUGCAAGCAGGAGUGAAGCUCCCCCUCCCUAACUCGGGUGUGCAGCAGGUCUUCAGAGCUUGCUGAUGCCAAGAAAAGCAGUGAGAGCACCACUGGUGUUCUGGAUGAAAAAUGCCUCUUUUGGGAGAGGUGGGGACUGGCUGUAGGUCGGGGUAGUGGGCCCGUGUAGCCUGUGCAGGGCAGGGUGUUGCUUUUCCUGCCCCAGGAAGUGGCCGUGACCCAUCUUUGCUGAGCACGGUGCCCGUGCAGGACCUGGAGUGCAGGUGUAGGUUUGGCUGGUGGGGCAGCACCUGUGGGAGCAGAAGAGCAGCAGCCCCACCCUCCCCUGUGAGUCUGUGCAGUGUCAGGGCUGGGGAGACACCACGGUUAUAAUGAAGGCCGUGCAUAAAGGCCUUGCCUGAGCAAGCAGUGAAGGUGAGAUUGGUGUUUCUGCAGCUCAUUUCUGGCUGCCUUGAGUCCACUCUCUUAUUUUGGUGGGUUUUUUGUGCCUAUCAAGACAAACACAAGAAUGGAGGGACUGCUAGGAGGGCUCCUGUGACCUUGGAGUGACUUGGCCCUUCCAGCUGCUGCCCUGAGUUGGAAGUAUGUCAGUGCUGGAGCUUGAUCCCACACCCAACUGCUGCCACCCCAGUUAAAUAAGCACAGUUAUACACUUCUUGCCUAUUUAUACAAUAAGCACUAAGGUUACACUUUAUUUACAACUUUUGAAAAAUGUACAGUUUCUUACAUGGGUUACUUGUGCAAAGUUAUACUUUUCAACUAACAGACCAAUGUGCACACAAAAGACACUGGAACAGUGGACAACACAAUUGUAGGUUCCAUCCCACACUGCUGCUUAAGGUUCUGUAUCCAAAGGUACAAACUUGCCUUACAAAAAAAGUGAGUCUGGACUUACAAAUGUUUUUUUUUUUUUUCAGAGUUGAAAAAAUACUUUCAUAAAACUGAAGGGAACAAACUCAAGCAUGCAGCAGUAGCUCACACAAACCACGCGGUCAUCUACAAAGAGCAGAAACUGCAGAGACUCGAGUGCCUACCCUGGACUUAAUUCAAACUUUCCACAAGACAAAGUUAGAUCCCAAAGAACUUAAUCUUUCUCAACUAAAUAUAAGAGGCAGGAGAAAGAUACCAGAGGAGAGUAAUCCCACAGCUGAACAGGUCAUGUUUUACCUCUUCCUUAACAUGGAAGGCCUUUUGCUGAGUACCACACCUCUACCUGGUUUUGUCCAGUAAUGCCUCGGUGACAGGACUAUAGAAACCUACUGACAUUUCUGUAGGCAUGUCCUUUAAAAUAAUAAUAAUAAUAAUAAAAAAAAAGGGCUUGUUUCUUGCCCUCAGUAAAGAUCCAAGUACCACAGCUGAAGUGAUUUAUGUAGAUCUGUACAUAAAUCUUGCAUGUGAAGUGCAGAAGUAACAAGCAUUCCAGGGUCUUAUUAAAUCUUUGAAUUGAAAUCAAUUGAAGAGUUCAUUUUUUUAACAUGAGUAAGGAGUUGAUAAACCAAUACAAAAAGGAAACAGGUUAUUUCUUCACUCAAUACUUACAAAUGCAGUGGGGUCUAAACCAAUAGUAGGGGAAGUGACCAGCCUGGACACAUCAGCACUUUAGUUAAUAUCAGUUAAAAAAUGUGUAUGUAUAUAAACAUCCCUUUUAUCAAGCUACACAUAAGCAUCACUGUGUAUAACACAAUUACAAUUAAAAGCUUAGUGUACACUACAGAAAUGCACAAUACUGCCCUAAGACUGGAGAGGGACCACAGAAAAUGAAUUCAGCAUCAGUAACUCUUUUGCAAGUAACCCAAGUACAGAACGUUUGACUUCAAAGUGGGUGCGUUCUGAUGUCCAAGGAGAAGAAGCUUCAGCAAGGGAGGGUGGCAACAGCACAACAGCUAUUCUGCUUGCAAAGUAAA